AAUAUCUAAGGACCUCCAAAUCCCAGGAUGCAUUUGGGCAGGCGCAGAUCCAACCUGCUGGGUCGAGUCCCCUGGAGCUCUUCAUCACCGCUGCCUCACACGUUGCCGUCUCUCGGAACCGUUGGAGGAGAAAUGGCUGCAGCUCUGUCCCGUGCCCUCAAAUUACCCGGGAAGAAGGGCUCGGAGCUCGGGGAGUACGACCCUCUCACCCAAGCAGACAGCGAGGACGAAAGCGAAGAGGAUGACCUCGUGCUCAACUACCCCCGAAAUGGCCUUGGCAGGGACAGCUGCCUCGGCGCGGGCUCCUCACAGCUCCGGGGGGGCAGAUCGGGAAGACUUGUGGGGGCCGAGGAUGAGGCACAGGACGACGAGGAGGAAGACGAAUGGAGAGAACGACUCCCCAGCAAAUCCAGGCAGGACAGAGACGACCUGAAAGGCACGCAGUACUGGAACCACAGGGACUCGGGCAGGGACAGGGCCGGGGAGGACAGAGGAGGGCCUGGGCCAAUGGGGGCUGCCGGAAUAGGGGUUCAUAGUACUGAUGCGGAAGAGAAGAGGGUGAGGAUGAGGCAUGCGGUCCGGAGUGCCUUCUUCCUGGUGCCUCUGGUCUCCGCUGCUAUGCUCGUGCUGCUGUGUGCAUUUCUGAUUCCGUGCCAGAAGGGAACGCUGGAAACGAGGCCGCAGUGGGAGAGGGCCCUGGGAGAUGCAGUAGGCGUCACGCCACCUGCACUGGCGCUGUGGGAUGUUGAUGGGGAUUCAGUGGAGGAUGUAAUCCUGGGUGUAACCGAAUGGUCCAACGACACCCGUCCCAUGCAAGGGAACAAAAUUUACAGUGCGGUGGCCCUGUCUGCGGUCAGCGGGCAGGUGCUGUGGAGGAAAGUCAUGCGGGAGACUGUGAUGUACAUCCAAUCUGGUCUGCAGUACAGCACCCAACAGUCACCUGUGGUGCUCCUCAUCAGCAAGUCCAUCCUCAUGUUAGUCAACAGCACCUCAGGGGAGAACUUGCGACCGGUACUGCUUAAGAACAUUGAAUCCCAGGCGGUGUUACUUCCAGACCUCCAGGGCGACUCAGUGCCAGAUCUGCUAAUAGCAACCCUGCCUGCAGAUGAUGCGGCUUCAGAUCUCUUCCUGACGUUGAUCUCCGGGCUGACGGGGGCAAAGCUUGGACAUCCCGUGCCUUUCAACCUGACUGGGCAGGGAAAACUGAUCGGUCCUUUGCUGCAUGAGACACAACAAGGGGCAUACUACAUCCUCUUUGGACUGGGUAACGUAGAGGCCAUCUCUCUGUGUGAUAUCUACACUCGUGCCACUGGCGAACUACCCAUAACCCUGGCACUUAGAAAGAAGGAUCCAGGGUGGGAGGGACUCAAGAAAACCAAUUCCUCCUCCUUCAUACCCAUUUACAGAGGAUUUGAGCGCGUGGAGUUCCUGCUCCCUCUUGUGGCUGGUUAUGGCAACGACCACAACAGUCUGGACACUGUUUCUAACCUCAACGCCACCAAAAGUGACUGGGUGCUGGUGUAUGGCUCCAGCAAGCUGUCAGUGCUCAGACAGAAGGACAUCCGUAAAGAAUGGACCUUCAACUCAGCUCCCAUUCACAGCCAACCAGCCCCAGGACACUUCAACGAUGAUGCAGUUCUUGAUCUUUUCAUUCAGCAUUCAGCAAACGGCAUCAUGAAGGCUCAGGUUGUUGAUGGGGCCCAUGGGCAUCUUCUCUGGUCAGCAGAGUUCGUGUGUCCUCGUUAUGUUUUGGAACCUUCCGCAAUCACCACCUCCACUGGCCAAUCAGCUUUCCUUUUCUGGGCCAGCGAUCCAAUCAAAGCACAGAAGAAUAUUACCAAGACAACAGUGGCCCCAGGUGUUGCUGCAGCGGAGCCACUCAUCAGAAAACUCUUCCUGCUGCACCCUGCACAUCCCAAAAUCCUGCUGGAGCUCACCAGUACCACGGACACCGCCGUCACCUCCGCAGUGAGUUACCAGGAGCAUCAGAAAGACGCCUCCUACAUCACCGUAUCCUCCCGACCUACGCCCUAUUCAGAGCCCGGCGCUCGGAUAGUCAAGAGCAUGAGCCUCAAAGCUGCCAUCACCAAAGGACAAAUCAUCCGACUAGAGGAAAGCACCAAACAGCCCGGCGGAGCGGUUAAACCUAGCGUGUUUGAAGUCAACAAGUUCUUCAGGGGUUUGUCCUUUAAACGCCAGGUAAGAAAGACCCAAGUGUGAGAUAGUUCAGAUUAUUUGAGUGUUGAUCUCAGUCUGAUUGAUUCCACUCAAUGAUAAAUCUCCUAACUGUGUUUGGUUUAGUGAGGAGCCACCACUGCGUCACAGGAAGCAGUGCAACUAAAAAAGGACUGAGGACGAAAAGGGACAAAAGUCUGUGGAUAGCUCUGCAAUAAGGAGACACUGAGGAGUUAUUUAGAGCUGUAGAUAUACCAAGUAUGAAUUUCAUUUCUGAGAUUUCUUUUCUGUAAAAAGGAUUAUUUGUAGGUAGGUUUUUGUUUGUAUUGUUAUGGUUUAUGUUUGUACAAUGAUAAUGCUUAAUUAAAUUAUUUGACUUUGGGACAUUUCAGUGAAUGUUUACGAUUGUUUGGACUUGAUGAGAAGAGUAACUUCAUUCUGUUGUUUACUAUCGACAGAUAAGCACAAUAAUCCUGAUGAAAGAACAUGUAAUGCAGCACUCAUACCUCUUCCAAGGCCAGUAUGUUUAUGUGGUGCCAUCCUCCAUCCCUCGUAUUUUGUUGUAAUAAAGCCGCUAACGGUCAUCUUUCCGCUCAUCACCAAGUUAGUAGUAUAGGGAGUCUGUAUAUAUUUAACGCCGUGUACAGUAUUUAUUGAAUUGUUUUAACAUUUUGUUUUUUUUCUUCGUUUAAUUUGUUGUUGAAUAUCUUUUCUCAGAAGCUGUUUAUGGCAUUUAAAUGUAAGCUGCAACUUCACAAAUCGCAAAAGAAAAUAUGAAAAUCAAUUCUUACGGCA